GUGCGGGAAGGGGCAGCGUGUGAUCGGAUGGGAUCGGACAGGGCCAGAACGGGUCGGAACGGGCCGAGAUAAGCCGGGACGGUGCUAACACAGGGGUAGCACCGUGCGGAACGGGCCGGGCUCGGACGGGACGGCGCAGCACGGGGUGAUCGGGGCCGGCACAACGCGGCUCGGGGGCAGCACGGGGCGCUGCGGGGAACAUCCCACCCGCACCCAGCGUCUCCCCGCCGCCCCCCCGCGCCGCUCCGCGCCGAAUCCCGCGCCGUCCUUUGUUUACAUGGGCCGGUGGCUGGCGGAGGCGGCGCCGCCGGGGGAGGGAGCGCUGCUGUGCUCGCACCAGCUGUUUCCCGCCUUGAGACACACGCACACACACACACACUCACGCCCCGUUCCAGCCCCGUUGCAGUCGCUCCGAUCCCGGCCCCGCGCCCAGCGGCGCCCCGCUGCCGUCCCGCUGCCCCCCCCGGCCGGCAUGGAGUACUUCGUGGUGCCGGCACAGAAGAUGCCCUCCCUGCAGCACUUCAGGAAAUCCGAGAAGGAGGUCAUCGGCGGGUUGUGCAGCCUGGCCAACAUCCCAUUGACCCCAGAGACCCAGCGGGACCAGGAGCGGCGGAUACGUAGAGAGAUCGCCAACAGCAACGAGAGAAGGCGGAUGCAGAGCAUCAAUGCUGGCUUCCAGUCGCUGAAAACCCUCAUCCCGCACACGGACGGGGAGAAGCUCAGCAAGGCCGCCAUCCUCCAGCAGACAGCUGAGUACAUCUUCUCCCUGGAGCAGGAAAAGACCCGGCUACUACAGCAGAACACCCAGCUCAAGCGGUUCAUCCAGGAGUUCAGCGGUUCCUCCCCAAAGCGGCGACGAGCAGAGGACAAAGAUGAGGGCAUCGGCUCCCCAGACAUCUGGGAGGAUGAGAAGGCCGAGGACCUGCGGCGAGAAAUGAUUGAGCUCCGGCAGCAGCUGGACAAGGAGCGCUCGGUCCGCAUGAUGCUGGAGGAGCAGGUUCGCUCACUGGAAGCCCACAUGUACCCCGAGAAGCUGAAGGUGAUUGCUCAGCAGGUGCAGCUCCAGCAGCAGCAGGAGCAGGUGAGGUUACUGCACCAGGAGAAGCUGGAGCGGGAGCAGCAGAUCCGAACUCAGCUCCUGCCAGCACACGGUCCCCCAGCGCCCACCCACCACCCCACUGUGAUCGUACCAGCACCACCUCCCUCCCAUCAUGUCACCGUGGUCACCAUGGGCCCAUCCUCGGUCAUCAACACAGUCUCCACGUCCCGGCAAAACCUGGACACCAUCGUUCAGGCCAUCCAGCACAUCGAGGGCACGCAGGAGAAGCAGCUGCAGGAAGAGGAGCAGCGACGUGCUGUCAUUGUGACGCCCGCACGUGCCUGCCCAGAGCCCUCCACCUCCGACACCGCCUCCGACACGGAGGGCAACGACAGUGACUCCAUGGACCAGAGCAAAGAAGACCCUUUGGGGGAAGGGGAGCUGCCCUGACACCCCCUGGCCGGCAGCCGGGAUGGGGAAGGGGGCGAUGGGGGGGGAAACGUCAGAGAAUAUGCUGAAAUUUUUAAAAAAUACGUGGCGAUUUGGGUCUCUUUUAUGACCUUUUUCCAAUACUGUAACGCUGGAAGCGGGCGCCGUUCAGCGCUCAGUUCCCAGCGAGCGGGGAGAAGGGGGGGCUGGGGAGGGGGGGGCAGCCAGAGGGGGGGACAGAACUGGAAGCGGGGUACAGUCGAGUGGCUUCGGGAAGGGGCUUAGGGCUGGGGGGGGGUUGGAGCCUCCCCUGGUGCCACCAAACUCUUUUCCCCCCCCCCCCCACCUGCAGGGAGCCCUGCAGAACCAAAGCCAGCCGGGUUUCCCUUGGGACGCUGCAGGGGGCGGUUGGGAUUUUUGAUUCUUUUUCUCCUUUUUGUUUUGUUUUUUUUUUUGUUCUGUUUAAAAGUUUCAUUUUUAAGCAGGGGGGGUGGAGGGGGGGCACUCCUGGUGACCGCAGUGUCGGUGCUGUGGGGGUCCUGGGCUCCAUUUGCAGCUCCCACCCCGGUGCUCCCCUUCCUGCUCCCCUCCUUCCUUUAAGCACUUAAUCCGGUUUGCGGGGUUCGUCAGGUCAGAAGAGCUUUUCUGUUUCGUGAUUGUUGUCGCUUCUACUUUUUGUUGUGGGCAGGGGGGCCCCACUUCUGUCCCCCCCCACCCCACAUCCUCACCUCCGCCCCCUCGUUUGGCUGUAGGGUUUAGGCCAGUCGUGUGUAGAGCCUUGUUGGUAUUUGGUAGGUUCCUCCCCAGCCACAGCUCUGUUUCUCUCUCGGUUUCUUUCAUUUUAUUAUAAUUUUUUUGGUUGGUUUUGUAUUUUUUUUUUACGAUUUUCAGGUCUUUGUGUUCAUUGAGAAGCUAUUAUAUUUUGUUAAGAAAGUGAAAAAAAAAAAAAGAGGCUUGUGCCUUUGUAAA